AUGACUAAUAUACCUAAAGAGAAGAUAAACAAUUUAAUCUUGAAUUACUUCAUUCAGGAAGGGUACCAAGAGGCUGCUGUAAGCUUUUCAAAGGAAUUGAAUAUGGAUGUAUUCAAGACCCUCGAAGAGUCUAAGUUUGACCGUACCAAUAGUUCUAAUGCCAAUGAUAAAUCGAUGCAAUUAAUUAAAAGAAUGAAUUCAUUGAAUAAUAAUGAAUUUACUAAUAUGGUAGAACAUUAUUUUGGAGAUGUUUCAAAUGAAGGAGUGGGAUCCUCUUCUAGUAAUAACUAUAGUAUUCAAAAUAAUAAGACUAGCUUAGUAUCAGGCUACUCCACUAUAAGUCAAAGAAAAGAAAUCAAAUUACUAAUAUUAAAGGGUUCAAUAACUGAAGCAAUUAAAAAGAUUAGUGAAUAUUUCCCUACUAUAUUAGAUACCAAUAAUUUACUACAUUUCAAGCUUUUGAGAUUGAAUUUGAUCGAAAUGAUUCGUGAUCAUAAAUUAAAUGCUAAUAUCAAAGAUGAAAGUGAUGAAAGUAUAUUUCUUAAUAGUAUAUUGACUUUUGUAAGAGAGAAUUUGAUUAAUAAAGUUUCUAAUUCAUUUAAAUUAUUGAAAGAAUUAGAGAUUACUAUGAGUUUAUUAUGUUUUAAUUUCGACCCUACUGUCCAAAAUAUAGAAGAUCAAAAGGAUUUACCUGAAGAAUUAAGGAUGUUGUUUGAUCUUUCCUUAAGAAAUCAAUGCUAUAGAUUGGUCAACAAAUCUAUAUUGAGUCUUUAUGGAAAUAAUUCUGAUAAUGCUAAUAAUGUAAAUAAUGAUGAAAAUGAUUAUAAUUUCCUUAAUCAAGAAGGUUUAGAGGAUCAAAAUGAGUAUUCAAUCAAUAAACUUGAUCAAGCAAAUAUCUCAAUAUAUAAAGGUCCUAAAUUUGUAGAAUAUGAUUUGAAUGGAUUCCUGUUCUAUAAUGCAGAUACGCUUAGUGAUGAAGUUGAAGAAGAAGGUGAUGAUGAAGAUAUUGAAGAUAUUGAUUAUGAAAUAGAGUACGAUAAAACUUUAAGUCAAUUUAUUUCGUCCAAUACUUCACCACAAGAUUUCUGGUCUGCUGAUGGGACAAAUUCUACUGGGAAUAACAAAGGUAAUAUUGAUGAUGAAUUAAGUAAAUUACAAAGUUUAAGCUUGGAAUCUAAAUUAGAACGAAUAAUUAAGCUAUGGACAAUUACAGAGCAAAGACUCCUUGAUCUAAAUAUUAUAAAACAAAAGCGUUAUUUACUUAACGAUGAAUUAUAG